UGUGUCGCGGCCCCUGUCUUCCUGUAACCGAUCUCUUCGAGCCAAUCAAGAAGCAAAAAAGAGCAAACACGCCCUCCCGCUCCCGAUUCCCUUUGCUCGCGGCCCACCAACCGCAGAGCCGAUCAGCCAAGAGCUACUGUCAUCCUUCUCACUGCUCGGUUGCCGCCGCCGCCGCCUCCAGAUUCCGGAGGUGAAGGAGGCCAGGAGGAGAAACAUGGACGUUACGGUCGCCCCACUCCGCGCUUGGGACGAUUUCUUUCCGGGCUCCGACCGCUUCGCCCGGCCAGACUUCAGGGACAUUUCCAAAUGGAACAACCGUGUCGUGAGCAAUCUGCUCUACUACCAGACCAACUACCUGGUGGUGGCUGCCAUGAUGAUCUCCGUGGUGGGGUUUCUGAGCCCCUUCAACAUGAUCCUUGGAGGAAUUGUGGUGGUCCUGGUGUUCACAGGGUUCGUGUGGGCAGCCCACAAUAAAGACAUCCUCCGCCGGAUGAAGAAGCAGUACCCCACUGCAUUCGUGAUGGUGGUCAUGCUGGCCAGCUAUUUCCUCAUAUCCAUGUUUGGGGGAGUCAUGGUCUUCGUGUUUGGGAUCACUUUUCCCUUGUUGUUGAUGUUCAUCCAUGCAUCAUUGAGACUCCGGAACCUCAAGAACAAGCUGGAGAAUAAAAUGGAGGGAAUUGGGGUGAAGAGGACUCCCAUGGGCAUCAUCCUGGAGGCCUUGGAGCAGCAGGAGGAAAGCAUCAGCAAAAUCACUGACUACAUCAGCAAAGUGAAGGAAUAAGCCUUUACCCCGGGGCUGGGGUUGCAGCAGAAAUCGAGUUGCGAUUUGUCCAGAUCUACUUUUUUGUUUGUGUUUUUUAAAUAGAAGGUGCACGUUUUACCGCCCAACUCCCUAUGGCAGCAUGCACGAGCUGGGCCCACUCUGAACAUCUCUGAUGUUACUGAGAAAAGUCCUCAAAAACCGAAAGCAAACCACCCUCCUGUUGUCUGAGGUGGCCGGUAAUGAACGAGAACUAUGGAUUCUGUAGCAACAAUAUUGCUAUCAUGUAGGGAAAAAAAUAGUGAUAAAAUAUCAAGGCAAUAAGAGUCAAUGAAAAGGCUGUCAAAGGAAAAGAAAAAUAAAAAGAGAAAUGCAGUUAAAGUAGAUGGCAUCAUGUGUUAGCCUGUUUGAAUCCUUCCUGGCACCUUCUUCAAAAUUCCCUAGGAUGGUAUUGUAUGUGGUAUCAAUUAGUUUAGUUUGUAUUACUAUUCUUUAAAAAUCAAAGAUGAUUCUAUCAUUUUUCUGCCUGUUUGACUUGCAGUAUAACUGGAUAAGCCAGUUGUUUAUACUUUGUUUAUGAAUAUAAAGGUAGUUGUUUAGGAGACUUUUGUUAAAUUUUUGUAAAUUUUUGAAAUGCUGGUAAUGUGUGUUCACCAGCAGCUAUCUGUUGCAAAUUUUGUUAUCUUCCUUGAGGUUACAGCUGUAUAACCCUUACUAUUCUUGACUGACUUGUUUAAAAAACAAACAAAAAAAUAAAACCAAACUUAAGUUCUGUUUUUUGCACAUUUUUUGUUCUAACCAUAAAAAAAAAGGUGUCAAACGUAAUGUUUCUAUGUUUUUCACUGUUUCCUUUUAACUGGAGCAUUUUGAAAGAAAUCAAUGUGCAUUCUGUUAAUUCCUUAGGGGGACAAAAAAUCAAUACUAGCUAAAAUUUUAAAAGCAUCUUUAGAUGACCAAGCCAAAAAGUCUUUUAAAAAUGGGAAUAAGCUCUGGCUUCCGAAAUGAUCCAUAGAGACGUUAGGUAGCAAUUGGUAUAGCCAUAUGCUUUUGUAGAUAGACAUUGAAAUUAAAAUAGCACAUGUUUUAUAUUGUUACUUUCCUCCUGUAUUUCCCAUGCAUUUAGAAAUAGCUUAUUAAUUUGCCUGCCAGUGGCACGAUUUCAUGAGUGAAGUGGGAAAUCUUUAGGUUUUACUGGCAUCGCAUUGCAAAGACAGCACCAUGUGGAAACUGUCCGUCCUAGAGUACAAGCCAGCGGCAUCUACUGCUCCCGAGUUUUCUUGCCUUUUUAUUGCUCAGCCAGUCUGCGGCCUUCAUCUUUCGCAGUGACAUCACAUGCUUUACACAGGCACUAGAAUCUGUACCUUUACCAAAUAUGAAAAGUAAAAUUUACUAAAGGUUU